AUGGAUCCAAAGGAAACACCAGCUUUCGAGGAUCCCAAGUCGACCUCAACACAACCUUCCCAAGUAACCCAGGCAGUUUGUGAGAAGUAUGAGAAGGAUAACAAGACUGCUCGCACCGCCAUUCUCCAACGGGUUUCAGAUCCUUUGUUUGACAUGUUCUCCUUAUAUAAGUCAGCAAAGCAAAUCUGGGACUUACUCAAGGAGAAAUAUGGUGCUGACGAUGCUGGAAGAAGGAAAUAUGCAGUACACGAGUUCGAAAACCUUGUUGCAGACAUGAAGGCAGAAGGUGCUGUGGUUAACGAGGUUGUACUCUGCGAUUCACUGGUGGAUAAACUGCCCGAAUCUUGGGUGGACUUCAAGAACAAGAUGAAGCACGAUCAACGCACCUAUACCUUUCAACAGUUGAUCAACAGCCUGAACAUUGAGGAAGAAAACCGUCUGGUUCACAGGUCUGUUGUUCCUUCUAGCUCUAUUAAAGCAAAUGUUGUUGAGGCUAAUCCAGGCUUUAAUAAGCCAAAGCCAGGGAACACAAACCAGAAUGGUAAAAAGACAGAUUCUGAAGGUCCAAAAGGCCAAGCACACAUAGUGGAAGACACGGAGAACUCUGACCUUGUGGCAGCAGUGAUAACCGAGGCAAAUACAGUUGAAGAUCCAGACGAGUGGGUUGUAGACACUGGUGCCUCACGUCACUUCUGCAACAACAAGUAUCUGUUCAAAGAAUUUGAGUCAAUCACUGGAGAAGAACAAGUGUUCAUGGGAAACUCCAGCAUAUCCCAGAAACCUGAUUUCUGCAGGCCUACUUAA